AUGAGCCAGCGUCGCCUCCGUCUCAGUCUAGCGCAUUACCGCAAAGAUUCCUGCACGGAGGAAUCUUGCCACUAUUUUGGCACUGCCUUGCACGCCAAGCAAGCUGCAAGCCUGCAUGCGAAACAUGGAACCUUGCAGUAUCAUCAGGUGUACAGCACGCAAUCCACGCGAGAUGCACUCGACGCCUUUCGCCGCUCGCUCGGCGCCGACUGGAGCAUCGACCAACACGACAUGACAGUCGAGCUCUACGUUCCUGAUCUGCAGACUUUGAGGGGUAUUGCUUCGGAUCCGGAGUUUGCCAGUUUUUACCAUCUUGAAGAACCUUAUCUCAGCCGUCGGCAUGUGGUGGCGAGCCUAGGUUGGGUGGAAGUCAUCCUACGAAACAUCAUGUCCGUCAAACAACGCCUUCUGCGCAUUGCGGUCUCGCACAAUCGCCAUCCGUCACUCAGUGAGGAGCAAUUCCAUCAAUGGGCGACCAAGGAACACUGUGCUAGAGCAGCUCGUAUUCAUGCCAGGCACGGUAUCGAGGCCUAUGGAAUGCUCUUUAAUCCGGAGACCGCCAGGACCACCGUGAAGAACCUAAAUCGCACCCUGGGAGGGAGCUGGGCAAUCGAUGAACACGACGUGACUGUCGAAUUCUACCUGCAUAGUCUCGACGAGCUUACCUCUGUCUUGGAAGAUCCAGAAUUCAAGAUCCUCCAACAGGAGGAGGAACCCUACGUGAGCGGCAAGGAUAUCGUGGCGACCCUCGGCUGGGUAGAAUCGUACGUCCAAAACGGCCGAGUGGUGAAUCUCAACCCUGACGGUGUGCCCACUUAUCCCAAUUUUGGCGUGCUGGCGGACUUUUCGAGCGAGCAAGUGAAUCAGAAAUGA